GCCUCACCCAUGAUUGGAUAAGAACAAAAAACGAAAUAUCUCCAACCCACCAACAAUCCAAUGCAGUGAACGGGUUUAGCAGAAAUUUGCAGAACCCCGUUGCCGUACCGCACAUUACAAGGAAAUGAAACCCAUGAAUGCCAUGCACGAGAUUUACGAGCAACAAAUGGAAAAUGAAUAGCCAACAAACAGUACGGAGCAUCCAAAAACUAAAUAAAAGCAAAUAAAAAAACGCACAAAUCUAGCAGGCGGCUCCUCCCUGUCUGUAUGACGUAGGGAACAGACAACUUAACAACCGUUGGACAGCAAAACCAUAAGGCAUGCGGCAAGCUAAACAUCGCCAAUAUCCGACAGCUCAUGAGCAAUGAGGCGUGAAAGUUAUGCGAUAUUGAAAGAGGAUCUAUAUUCGUCGGGAGGACAGUGUUCUCUUGUCAUGAUUUGAAAUGUAAGAUACAGUGACUUCGCUAUCAUCCUCAUAAAUGAUGGUCAAAGUACCAUUAAAGGGGAGAUUUUCACCUCAAAAGCUACAUCGCUUAAAGCUUUUUCAUCUCCACCUUUAUUCGACCAAUUUUUAAUUAAUAAUGCCACAAAAAGCCGCUAAAACAGAAUACAUACAGCGAAGAUCAAGCAAAAACACAACGAAAGGAAUGAAGGAAUUUCCCUUAAAGAGCGUACCAAAGUACCAGCAACGGGUGAAACAAUUUUGUCCGCACCAUUCCCUACCAAACCUGUAAGAUUCCACCUUUUGUUUUAACGUAUCAUGUGAUAAAUGAUGCACAACGGGGCAAUCGGGCUUGGUUUGGAACAUCGCGGACGAAGAUUGUGAUCGACGGUGGUGUGUGCGCGCGCGCGCACAUGGUCUGCAAUUUGCGUGCGUGAGCUCAAAUUGAUUUGAAACAAUUCAAAUUGUCUUCCAGUUUUUUGGUGCUUUGUUCCACUAUGCUACGAUGAGCGCGAUUGUCCUUCUCGUCCCGUCUUCAACUGUUGUUUGUGGUUCGAUCGGUUAGGUCGUAAUAUUCCGCACGCGUCUCACGUCUCCAUCCAACAAUCGCUGAGAAAUUGUUUAACCUACCCAGGCAUAACCCUAAAAACCUGACGUGUGCGGUAUAAAAGCAAACGCUCCGUGGUGUGUCGUCUCAUUACGCCAGCAGUGGUGUAACAUCCCGAAUCGUGUUGUGUCGCCUUAGAGUAGUGCGGACCCGGCAGGAUUACCUCAAACUCUUCUAUCAAACAACUACCCCCAAAAACGUCUACUACCGAGCAGUAGAUCUCAACACGAGAUCUAAGUGCGCAACCGAAGUACAUCAAACGAUCCUGUUCGCUUGUGAAUCCUUUGUAACCGGAACAGUUGUGCUAAAGUGUUUUGGAGACAAGAUUUGAAUUUUGGCCUGUUGUGACUGGGUGGUGGGAAUAGUAAAACGAACCUUGAAACAAGGAUUUCAACAAAAAAAAAAUGUCCUACAUUGGCAACACCUCCGAUGUGGAGCAGGAGAAAAACCUGUCCGAAUAUCGACGACAGCGCAGUUCCAGCAAUCUGAUGCCGACCGGUACAAAGCAAUCGGUCGGCAGUCCGAAAAUGUCCGACGUGCUGUGGAACGAUAAGCGUGCCGCGAGCCGUGCUGUGAAUGCGAGCGAUGACGACGACUCGGAAGUGUCAGACAGCGAGAACUUUCUCGCCAAGGGUGCCUUUCUGCUGACGCCCUCGCACGAACUGUCGAUGGACCGGGCCGCGCUCAUAUGCGAAAAGAUGAACUUCAAGGGUUGCUUCAGCCUGACGAAGACGGCCACCGGCAUAUUGUUUAAGUUUUCCAACCCGGAAGACUAUCAGGCGGUGUUCAAAAAGGGCUUCCAUAAGGUGACCGGUGCACGGUUCUACAAAAAGAUUGCGAUCCCGUGCCGGCCGCAAAAGACAUUCAUGCUGUACGUAUUUGACGUACCGGAGGACCUGCCGGAGGAAGACAUCCGGCACUCGCUGUAUCGUUUCAACUCGGUGGUCGAGGUCGUCCGGCUGGUCGUGCAGUAUCAGAAACCCGCGAUCCAGCCGGAUCCCGGUCAGAUGCACGCGACCGCAGCCGCCGGUGCGCCCCAAACGAAACCCCAGGUACCAAAGCUGCCGACUACCAAACCGAUCGACGAGCAGGACGUGGCCCUGCAGAAAGAAUCGCCACCGCCACCGAUACGUAUCACGCUCGCCUCGCUCGAUGAGUACAAUCACCUACUGCAGAACGGGUUGGACUUCUAUGGGGCUACUUUUUUCCCUACCGAGGCCCAACUACCACCACACGCGGCCAAAAUUGCUACUAAACGGGGAACACGCAUGAUUGACGGAAGCAUUCCUGGGCGUGUGCGGGAGCUGCUCCCAGUGUUUGAUGCAGCGGGAUUUAGCAAAAUUCCGCCGCCGGCAUCGAAAACAAUUAAACCGCGCCCAUAAACCGCACAAGGACCAGCAUAAAACAGCAGCCAGCGGCUGCUGGUAUCCAUCAUUACCAUCGCCAUUGUAAUGUCUUGCCGCGAGAUCAUACAGCACGCACGCAUUCGCUCGCAAACGCACUUCUGAUUCACCUCUGCCGCCGGCCACGUGCAGAAUCCAAUCAACCCGACACAGCUCUAAUAUCAUGCGCGUUGCUCCUGCAGCACACGACAAGCAGUGCGCCUCGUAUACUACGACGCCGGCGCAAUCUUGCGUGACGGAUGCGCUACGCGUGAUUAGUUCGAUCCCUCACCAUCGUUGAGGUAUCUACGCUCGAAGAGUGGUUCAAUAAUCAUCCCAAAAUCCAGCGCAUUGAGGCGUGCAGCGUAACAACCAACAUCAUAUCAGCAUAUCCGAUGCGAGAACCAAGACGCGUGCGCGGCUCAUGCGCCAACUCAACCGAACGAUGGGAAGGUUUCGCCAAAAGUCCAAUUCGCCACUCCUUCAAUGCAAAUGCCAUACUUUCAACAUCAGCUUCACAUUUUGGUUUGAUUUAAGUUAUUCUCUACGAUGCUUGUUCCUAUGAUCUAGAUGCCAUCUAGAUGAUCCAUCAUGUGCAUAAAUUAUGCAAGUACUAUUCGAAUAGUUGUUGAUUGCAAACAAAACAAAAACCCCAUCCAUAACCCCUCAUACAGAUCAGCAUUUCUGUUGGUAAAAAAAAACCCCAAUAAAAUUUUCUCUUUCUAUCACAGCACAAAUGCUAACGACAAUCUUAUGUUUGAGAAAAAACACAUAUUGCACACAUUGAAGUACC